AAUUCUAUGGUAUCGUUACGAAGCGAAGUGAUGCGUAAAUUCCAUAUAACCAUAUUCAUACGAUAUUCGUGCGAUAUAUCAUGAUAACGUUAUAUUAUCUCUUAUACUUUAAGAAAAACUAAAAUGUCAGAGUCAAAAUGAUCUGUAAUACACAGUUAUAUGCAGUAGUAUUUGUAACAAUAUUUGACCUGUGACUUAUUAUUUUGUGACUCAUUCAGUCUGUCAAAUCAAACUCCUGAUCUUGAUAUAAACUUCCUAACCUAUAAAACGUCAUUUUCAAACGAUCAAGCAUUCUAUUAUAAUUUUCUUUAUUCAUAUCUUCCGAGAUAGUCUCUAAUAUAAUUGGGUGAAGUUGCAAUAAUAUUUCUACUGUAAUCAUGGAGUGGUUAUUUGGGAAACGUAUUACUCCUGAGGAGAUGCUCAGGAAAAAUCAGAGAGCUUUAAACAAAGCUAUGCGAGAUCUUGACAGAGAGAGAAUGAGGAUGGAACAACAAGAAAAAAAGAUCAUUGUGGAUAUAAAGAAACUUGCUAAAGAUGGGCAAAUGGAUGCAGUGAAGAUUAUGGCUAAAGAUCUUGUAAGAACUAGACGUUAUGUGAAAAAAUUUAUGUUGAUGAAAGCAAAUAUCCAAGCAGUUUCUUUAAAGAUUCAAACAUUGCGUUCACAAAACACAAUGGCACAAGCAAUGAAGGGAGUCACAAGAGCCAUGCAAAAUAUGAACAAACAAUUAAAUCUUCCUCAAAUACAAAAAAUAUUACAAGAGUUUGAAAAGCAGUCAGAAAUAAUGGAUAUGAAAGAGGAAAUUAUGAAUGAUGCUAUUGAUGACGCGAUGGAAGAUGAGGGUGAUGAAGAGGAAAGUGAUGCCAUUGUGUCGCAAGUUUUGGACGAAUUGGGUCUCCAAUUGACAGAUCAAUUGUCAGGUUUACCUCAAGCAUCCGGUUCAUUAAAUGUAUCAAAUUCCAAGCAACCAGUUGCGACUGCGACAGGGAAUGACGAAGGUGGAAAUUUGACAGAUGCGGAUGCAGAUCUGCAAGCUAGGCUUGAAAAUUUAAGACGUGAAUAAGAACACACUUCUAUAUAGAUGACAAAUGUAUAAAAGAUGUAAAGGAAAGAAUUGGUUUUAUAAGCAUUAAUUUUAGGAUUGCUUUACGAUUUUAGUUAGAGAUAUGAAUGUUUCAUCAUAGCACUUGUUUUUCAAUCCGUUCACUUAAAUAAUCGAUUUAUAAAAAAUAAGAAGAAUGUUAUAUUUCUAUCGCUUAAAACAAUUAUGAAUUCAUGAAAUAUGAAUGAUGAAGAAACAGAGGCAUAUAACUUCGUUAUGUAUUAAUCUGUAUUGUUACUUUUUUUAUAAAAAAAGAAAGAAAAAUGAAAGGACUUUAAGAUGGUAUCUUGAAGUUUCUGUGCAUAUUUUAUUUGCACAGGAUAAUUUUGUAAAGUGGAUAACUUAUACUUAAAAUGCUUAUCAAAUAUAUUAUGAUAAGAUACUUACUUAUUAUAUUUUGAUAAAUGCAUGUACAUAGAUUUACUUGGGAAAUUUGUAAUUUACGUACAUGUACAUAUACGCUUUCAUUUUUUUAGGAAAUAUUGUACACUUACCGUAAAAGUAAAUAAAGGAAAUAUGUUAGCAGUU